UAUACGUAUUGCAAACUGGUGUGAUUGAAAUAAAUAAAACAUAUAUUUCAUUAAUAUAUUUAAAAAGUGUAAACAAUAGGCAAUUUUUUUAUUCUAAAGGCCGUGUACAUUUAGUAAAUACGACCUAUCCUGCGGUACCUUGUGCUACUCUGGCGCCACCGAAAGAAGUUCCGGUUCCGCCUUUCUUACCUGAUGGAUCGCAAGACAACCACAUUUACCCAGUGGAAAAGACGGGUUGUUGGCUAAACGUUACAAAGUGCAGAAAUCAUGCUGCAUCUAUUGGGACAUACAGGGACAUGUACGGUGAGAGAUACCGCCAUGCCGCUGACAAUGAAACCAUGUGUUUCCGACGAGCUUUAGAACAAUGGAAGUUUUGUGGAUCGCACAAGGAUGAAAUUGUUGUAGCAAUUUAUGGUCCUACUGGCAAUGCUACCCUUGGCGGCGAAGGGUGCUUUAUGGCAUGGUACGGCUGUCCUAAACAUGGAGGGCCGGCUGAUGGUCAUGUUAACACAACAUACGGACGAUAUGUUCGUGAUGGUUCACCUAGAGCUACAAAUGAGGCGGGAUGUUUAAGUAGAGCUAAAGAUUUCUGGCGGUAUUGUGGAUCAAGCCCUUAUUAUCCAGUUACAGCUAUAUACCUUCCAACAGGGGCAAAGCGUACAUCAGGGAGCGGGUGUUGGAUUACUCUGGACAAAUGUCCUCAGAGAAACACACAAAAAAUCUUUUAUGACAUCCAAGGAGCAACGUACUAUCAAACGGAUGAACAUGAGUUUGCCUGCCUACAACGAGCCGAGUAUUACUGGCGCAACUGUGGUUCAAACCCGAAAUAUCCUGUCACUGCCACGUACCGUCCAACUACUGCCAGCCAGACCUACCCAUAACAUGACAGCCUAGCCUUUAUGUGUUUUUGUCGACGGACGCAGUAUUAAAAUAAUAAAGUGUUCUACGUAUUA